AAGAAAAAAAGUGGCCAGAAGCAAAGAAAGUUGUCAAUCCUCUCAAUUUCAGCUUCAUCUUCUUCUUCCCUUCUUCCCAAUGUCUCAUUCUCCUCCUCAAAAUGCUGCUCUUCAUUUCUCACCCCACAAACCCACACCAACAGCAACCCAUUUCUGCCCAUUGUGAAAUCCAAGAAGAAGAAACCAGUGGGCGUGACCAUGAGCAUUGAGGCAGGCAUAGGAGUUAUGGCCACGAAGCUCGGCAUGAUGAGCUUCUUCGAACCCAACGGCAAAGUUGUCCCAGUCACAGUGGUGGGUUUCAAAGAAGGCAACAUAGUGACCCAGGUCAAAACCGAGGCCACCGACGGAUACGAUGCCGUUCAGGUGGGCUAUCGCCGAGUCAGGGACCGAAAACUGACGAAACCCGAAAUGGGUCAUAUCCAGAAGGCCGGUUCAAUCCCCCUGCGCCAUCUCCAGGAGUUUCGGCUCCAGAGCGUUGAUGGGUUCGAGCCAAACCAGAAGCUUUCGUUCGACGAGCUCUUCAACGAAGGAGACAUUGUUGAUGUCUCUGGAACCACAAUCGGGAAAGGGUUUCAGGGUGGGAUUAAGAGGCACAAUUUCAAGAGAGGGCAAAUGACUCAUGGGUCCAAAAGUCACAGAGCUCUUGGGUCAAUUGGGGCCGGAACGACGCCAGGGCGGGUUUACAAGGGGAAGAAGAUGCCUGGAAGAAUGGGAGGGACCAAGACCAAGAUCAGGAAGCUCAAGAUUGUGAAGAUUGAUAAGGACCUCAAUGUUGUUAUGAUCAAAGGUGCUCUUCCUGGUAAGCCUGGCAAUCUUCUUCGCAUAGCUCCAGCUAAGAUUGUGGGCAAGAACAUUCCUAAGAGUUAGUUCUUUUUUUAUUGUGAAUUUUGUAUUGUCAUUGACUCUCUCAUAUGAAUGUCUUGCUUCUCCUUUAAUUAGUGCUUUGU